CAGUAAGAUUUGUGUCUGUAUUCUUCACCGCCUCCUUCGCAAUCACCGAUUGGUUACUUUAGGAGGGAAGGCUGCUAGAAGGUUUGAUGCCCACUUUCUGCGCCCUCCCCGCACUUCGCCUUUCUCAUCUUCCCGCUUCUGCGCAACUCUGCUCGGCCUAACUACCUGUCCAAACCCCCCCGUGUGUGUCUGUGUAUUUUCCCCAAGAGAGCAAGCAGCAUGUCGGACUACGGCUCACCCGGGGCCGGAGCGGGCGCUGGAGGCAAAAAAGAUGCUUUCGCGGACGCGGUGCAGCGAGCCAGACAGAUUGCAGCUAAGAUCGGAGGAGAUGCCGGACCUCCAAGUAACAAUGGAGGAGCAGGAGGAGGAGAGGGCUUCCCGUUCCAAACACUGAAACGCUCUCUGGAUGGAGACCAACCAGAUGCCAAGAAGAUGUCUUCCCAGGGGGACAGAGACUCAGCCACUGCUUUGUCUAUCGGAGCUCAGCUCGCUGCCCUGUCUCAGCAAAGUGUCAGGCCCUCCACUAUGACAGAGGAGUACAGAGUGCCAGACGGCAUGGUCGGACUCAUCAUUGGUCGAGGGGGCGAGCAGAUCAACAAGAUCCAGCAGGACUCGGGCUGCAAGGUCCAGAUCGCUCCAGACAGUGGUGGCAUGCCAGAGAGGAGCGUCUCCCUCACAGGAAACCCUGACGCCAUCGCGAAAGCCAAGAUGUUUCUGGAUGAGAUUGUAUCGGGGCGCGGUGCUCCUUCCUCCUCUUUCCACGAGUCGACCAAUGGGCAGAGUGGCUCCAUGCAGGAGAUGAUGAUCCCAGCUGGCAAGGCCGGCCUAAUCAUCGGCAAGGGAGGAGAGACCAUCAAACAACUACAGGAGCGUGCUGGAGUGAAGAUGAUCCUCAUCCAAGAUGGUUCCCAGCCACCCAACAUGGACAAACCCCUGCGCAUCAUCGGAGACCCCUACAAAGUUCAGCAAGCGAAGGAGCUGGUGAAUGAGAUUCUGAGAGAGAGGGAUCACGCUGGCUUUGGAGACCGAAACAAUUUUGGCAACCAAAUGGGAGGAGGUGGUGGUGGAGGAGGAGGCAUGGAUGUGCCCGUGCCCCGCCACUCUGUGGGAGUUGUGAUUGGUCGAAGUGGAGAGAUGAUCAAGAAGAUCCAGGCAGAUGCUGGAGUUAGGAUACAGUUCAAACCAGAUGACGGUGCAGGUCCUGAUAAGAUAGCCCACAUCAUGGGCCCUCCAGACCGCUGUGAGCAUGCUGCCUCCAUCAUCAACGAGCUGCUGCAGAGCAUCAGAGUCAGGGAGGACGGAGGACAGGGGGGUACAGGCUGA